AUGCAUUUCGUCCGAGAAUGCCCCUUCACCAAGCAGCUCUGCAAAUCCUGUGGGAAGACUGGACACAAAGAGGGAUACUGUAACUGUCUCUCAGCGAAGCAGCACAGCAAGAAAAAAUCGAUCGACGGGAAGUUCGCUGGCAACCAUAUCAGCAGCGGACUACGACGCAACUUCAUCGACGUUUCCGUCAAUGACGGCUCUCGAUAUACAGCUGCAAUUCGCCACCGCUUCCGAUAUAACCGUCAUUUCAAAGCCAACAUGGAAGAAGCUGGGAUCUCCACCUCUACAACCAACUCUCAAAAGGCAAAACCAGCAUCUGGCAAACCUCUGCAGUUUGUCGGCGAAAUACAAUGCAACGUCACCAUGGGCAACCAAACCAAGUUUGGAACGUGUUAUGUCACCAAUCAACCAUCCCUCAAUCUUUUCGGCCUGGAUUGGAUUGAGCUGUUCGGACUGUGGUCUCUUCCACUGUCAUUGAUCUGCCACAUAGUUCAAGAAGACCACUCCAAACCGAUCCAGCAGUACAAGAAAGAGUUUCCCAGGGUGUUCGCCAACUCACUCGGACAUUGCACGAAAACUCGAGUCAAGCUGUUUUUGAAGUCAGACGAACGACCGGGUUUCAAGUCCAAACGCCCGGUUCCAUUCAUGUCCAUACCGAAGGUCGAAGAAGAAUUGGAUCGUCUUGAGAAUCUCGGAAUCAUUUCCCCAGUGGAUUUCUCACCGUGGGCCGCCCCAAUAGUCGUUGUCAAGAAGGCGGCUGGCAAAGUGAGAUUCUGCGCCGACUACUCAACCGGCCUGAACGCUGCUCUAGAGCCGCACAAUUAUCCUCUUCCGGUGCCGGACGACAUCCUCACCAAGCUGAAUGGAUCCAAGGUUUUUAGCAUCAUUGAUUUGUCCGAUGCUUAUCUCCAAGUUGAAGUGGACGACGAAUCAAAGAAGCUGCUCACAAUCAACCCCCAUCGAGGACUGUACCGUUUCAACAGACUUGCUCCUGGUGUCAAAUCCGCUCCCGGGGCAUUCCAGCAGUUGAUGAACGGAAUGAUAGCGAAUCUCGAAGCCGUUGAAACGUUCCUGGACGACAUCAUCAUUUUCAGUAAGACCGAAUCCGACCAUCACAAACGACUCCGAGCACUCUUCAACCGGCUCUGCGAGUAUGGGUUCCGGUCUUCGUGA